AUGGUAGCUGAUAAAAUGUCAAAAACUAAGAGGAAGUUAUCGGACCAAGAAGAAAGAAAAACAGGGAAGAAAAGAAAAAGUUCAGAAAAUGAGGAGAAAUACUACAAAGACAACGUAUUCUGUCAGGUUCUGAAGAAAGCAGGAUUAACACUCAAGACAGGAAAGUCACAAAAUGUUCUGGAAGUUGAUCAGGCAGUGUUUCAAAGAAAUCUACAGAUAGCAGUGAAGAGAAGUGAUAAUUUUCCCUUGGUGCUAGAUGAAUUUGUUGAAGGAUUCCAAGAAUAUAUUGAAGAUCAGCAUAGGUUUCACUAUAGCUUACUGCCAACACAAACGUCGAACAAAUGUGAAAGUGCUAGAUGCAGCUCUCAAGACAGCCUAGUGAGAUUGCUGAUUGGAGUAGACAUUCUACAGUCCAAGAUGAUGAUGUGUCUUCUUGAGAAGUUAGCAGAGUUUAUGGAAAAUGAGGACUGUAUAGUGGAGCAUGGAGAAAAAGUAAACCUCCCUAGACUACUGAUGAGUCAAUUCCGCUGGUUGGACAGAAUCUUGGAUUGCAAAGAGUUGGCUGACAAAAUGCUGGAGAUGAUCACCAUUGUGUCAGUGGACAUCCAGAGAGAAAUCAUCACCUGUCUACCAGAGGUCGUGGAGGAUUCAGAACAUAGUCAUGUGGCAACAUCACUAAGGGAUCUACUGGUAGAAAAGAGCAGUCUGACGGUACCCAUACUGGAUGCACUCUCUAAUCUGAAUCUCAACCCAGAGCUCUUGAUGGAGGUUCGAGGAUCAGUUUUACAGACUCUGUCCACAGUGGAGAUGGAGAAUUUACCUGUAGUCAUCCGCUUUCUUCUUCAGUCUGUCACGCCAGCUGAUGCUCAGGAGGUUGUCACUGAAAUUCGACAGAACCUGGAUUUUACAUCCAGUUUUCCAUUAGCCACAUCAACACCGCAUGAAACGAUUAACAGGAGAAAUCUAUCUGGAGAUGAAACAAGAGGUGUAGAGUCUUUAACAUUGGAUGCCAUCAAAUCAGGAAUCAGGUUUCAAAAGAGUGUGGCUGAGGCAUGGAUAAAGGCAAUAGAUUCGGUGAAGCAGCCCUCUGAUCACAAAGUAAUAGAUCUGUUCAUAUUGCUGAUUUUGUACUCAACUGAUCGCAAGAAACCCGUAGAGAGCCUCAUCAGAAACAAAAUUAGGUCAGGGGCCUUCACUGAGGUUCUGCUGCAGGAGGCCUUCAGGGAAAGGGCACAGGUGAUGAGAGAUUACUUCCCUGCAAUCCUGUCCCUAGCAGAAGUCCUGCUUCGCUCCCCAGAACCUGCCAUUACAUUCUUUGCUGCCUCCAUGUACAAGAACGGAUUUGUUGCCUUUGACACCUACUGUCAGCAGGAGAUUGUUGGAAAUCUAGUCACCCACUUUGGUAGUGGGUUUGAAGGAGAGACAGAUUCUUCCUUAGAUAUACUGUAUCAGCUGGUGGACAAGCACCUUGACAAAAUGGCUCCUUUUGCAAUCUUUGUAAAGGUGGUUCUGGACUACCUUGAUAAUUUGAGUGUCCUCCAGAUACGGAAAUUGUACUCCCUCCUUAGCACCCUAGCAUUCAGAAGUACUCAGGGAGGAAACAUGAUUCAGGAUGAUCUUCACAUCAUAAUUAGGAAGCAGUUGUCCAACGAUAACCCAAAAUAUAAAAGAAUGGGCAUCAUUGGAGCUGUGAUGGUGGUAAAAAGUAUCGCAUACAAUCAAAAUAGAGAUAAUGAGCCUAGCCAGGCGCCUGCUGGUCCUAUGACAGAGAGCCUGUACAAACAGGUGAUAAACCUGUUAAAACUGGUCAAAACCAGCAGCAGUCGAAUGUCUGAGGCCACGGCUCUCUUCUUGGAUGAAUUGGCUAAUGUGGUGGGCAAUGGUCAUCUGGAUGCCAAAGUGGAGAAGUGGAUCACGGAGAAUGUGACGACAGAUUUCCAGGAUCACUAUGUCGUAGACAUGAAGGAAGCAGCUUCAGAGAGUUUGGUGGCCCAGGAUGUAAGGUUUGAUUUGGAUGAUGACAGUGAAGUAGCCAUUGGCAUUCCUCUGGUGGUGCUGACUGAGAAAUCUAUCAAAGAUAAGAAGAAAACACAGAACCAACACACAGGAGAGAGCCCAGAUCCUGUUUGUUUGUCCCCACACUUCAGACUGCUUCGUAUGUGUGAACAGAGGCAGAAUGGAAACUUAGACGAAAUUGAUGCUGUGCUUGGAUGUCCAAUAUUUCUACCAAAGUCAGAAGUGAUUGACAAAAUAGAAUCACUCUCCACAAAAGAGAAGGACAUCAUUUGCACUGCUCUGUUUCAUGCCUUAAACUGGUUUCGGGAAAUCAUCAAUGCAUUUGCCACACAGAUUGACCCAGAAAUGAAAGGCAAAGUCAUAACACGACUCCACAACAUUACAGAGGUGACUAAAUCCCUGGAGAAGUGCUUAUCCAGUCACUCUCAGUUCAGACCUCCCCCAGCGACCUUUGACUGGUACGAGAAUCCAUUGUUGAAUGCUCCUGUGAAUACUAAUGCGGAGGGGAAAAAGAAGGGCAGAAAGCCAGCUAAGAAAAAGAAAGGUGACAAAGAAAAUAUAAGAGACGAAGACAGUGAUGAAAACAGCAAAGAUUCCUCACAACUGGACACACAGAAUGAAACCCAGAUUCCUGAAAAAUCAGAGACAAAUGAGAAACCAAGUGUUGACAUGGCGAACUACAUACCAUUUUUCAGGGAGCUGGACAUCAGUGUUUUUACCAUCCUACACACUGGUCUGAUCACUAAGUCUUCCCUAGAUACCGAACUCAACACAAAGGGUACAACAGAACUUAGCAUUCAGCCACCUCAGCUUGAGUUUCUCUUGGACGACUUUACGAGGAAACUUUCUCAUGCUCUCAUUUCUUCUACCUCUAAACGCAAAUCUUUCCUCAAGACCAAGGCAGACAAGAAUGUGGGAUUCUCUCAUCUAGACCAGUGUACUCCAAAGUUUAUAGCAAAGAAAGUUAUAAAGCUCCUGCCUGCACUAUGUGAACAUUUGGAGAGUUCAAGUGGAUUUUUUCAGACUCUGAUUGUGGAGAAUGAUGGUUUGAUUGACGGGCCAGGCAGCAACACUCCCGAGGCACACACCGUGGGCUCCUGUUUCUGUCUACUUCUUCAAGCUCUGCAGACCUUAUUUGCAUGGAAUGGUUUUUUAAUGGUAGAGAAUAAGUCACUAUUGAAGGAAGGGCUAACCACAUUAAUGUCCAGGAUAAAAACUGUGGGAUCUACUCAGCUAAGCUUCACGGAAGUUCUGAAGUCAUCCUUUCAGUACAUAGAAAACUUUGCAGGAACAGUUCCUAAACUUGGCACAGCUGUCAUGUUGAUAAAAGUAAUGUUAACUUUGGCUGAGAAGUCUGACUCCAAAGAAACAUCUAGAAAAACUGCAACUGUAGCACAAACCUUUCUGAAGAGGGAGUGGUUAGAUGCUGAGGGACAGCGAGAGAAAGGAGCCAAACAUAAUGAAAAUCUGCACUACCUUCUCAGAAUAUAUCUAUGUCAUUGUGAGGACUUUCUGGGAGCUGCUGAGGAGAUUACAACUAAAGGUGUCCCUGACUUACUGGAGGGGGAUAAAAAUGGGUUCUCUGAGGCUUACCCCACACUGACCAAGGCCACAUUCUCUGUGUAUUACAAAACCAUGUUUACAGAGCUGAUCACGUGUAUAAAAGGAAUACAGCCAGCAAAACAGAGAGAGGACAAAGAUGCCAAAUUGGACAAACUUUUGAGAUGGAACCAAGCUGUGAGAAUUCUUCACAUAAUGGUCAACUUAAUAAAGGCAUUUGAUGGAAGAGGUAAUCUUGGAACAGCACUGAAGUGUGGUCGUCAAUUUAUUGAGAUCUUCCUCAGACAAGGUAUGCCCCUGUUGGACACUAUGUUCAGAUCUAACAGAGAGGAUGUCCAGGGCCUGCUUAAGAAUCUACAGGUCAGCACACGAGUUCUCCAUCAUAUGUGUGGCCACUCAAAGAUCAUGAAAGACAUAGCAUUAACAAACCAAGUUCCCUUCUUAAAGAAAUGUUUGGAGGCCUUUGUGUACAGAGUCAAGGCUAUGUUAACAGUGAAUAGAUGUCUGGAAGCCUUCUGGCUUGGAAAUCUCAAAAACCGAGAUCUACAUGGAGAAGAAAUCCUGUCUCAGGCCUCCACUGUGGCUGACACGACAGCUGGGGCGGAGGAGGAGGAGGAGGAAGGGGAGGGGGAGUCUGAUGGGGAGGAGAGUGAUGUGGAGUUGGACAACCAGAGUAAUGCAUCUGAUGAAUCACAGAGCAUUCAGUACUGAGAUUGUGGACGCAUGAGGAAUGUGAUCUAAUAAUACGAAAGUCACACAGAGUUACAAAGGAUGUAGACUGUGACAGACAAUUCAGAAGUAAAUGGAUAUAUAUUAAUAAUGAUGCAUGAAAUCUUUUAACUUGGACAUUGUAAGGAUGAUUGAUAUUUUGGAGAACUAGCAGAAAAGGAUAUUGCAUUAGAGACAUGGGUAUUAGCUUUGAUUUACCAAUAAUUUUUUAAGCUGAUGUAACUGAUAUGCAAUCAUUAUAUUGUUGUUAUUGACAUUUAAU